UGCUCCUGAGAUGCUGCUUGGCCUGCUGUGUUCAUCCAGCCUCACAUUUUAUUACCCUUUCGUUCACUUACCACUGGUUGUGCUGCAGAUGGAUCAGCUCGCUCAGAUCCGUUCAAAGUUUACUUUCCCGAGGAAGAACGUGGAAAAGUCUCACUUGGUGCGGGAUAAAACGAGCAGGGACUUCUUCCCCAAAGAUAGCUUAUCAUGCCAACAUCCAAAUCUAGAACUGGAGAUAACCCUACCAUCUGAGAAUGUCUGUGAGUCCAGUGGGGUCUUCCAUUGUCACUGCAAUAAAAAGGCUCAUGAACAGAAGCAAAUAGAGCAACGUCAAGCUAAGAAGAGAUUGUGGAUCGCUUUGGUCAUCUGUAUAAUAUUUAUGUUUGGAGAACUGACUGGUGGCUAUCUAGCAGGGAGCUUGGCUGUUAUGACCGAUGGAGCUCAUCUUUUAGCAGAUGCCACAAGUUUCCUGAUUAGCUUGUGUUCAUUAUGGUUAUCAUCAAGACCAGCCACAAAGAGAUUAAACUUUGGAUGGUAUAGAGCAGAAAUUCUUGGUGCACUCUUCUCAGUGAUCACAAUUUGGCUUGUAACAGGAGUAUUGGUCUACCUCGCUUGUGUAAGAUUGGUUCGUGCUGAGUAUGAAAUUGAUGGAUUAGUCAUGGUUAUAACAUCUACCUCUGCAGUAGUGGCAAAUGUAAUAAUGGGAUUGGCGCUUCAUCAGGGCAGUCAUGGUCUCAACCACAGUGCAACUUAUUUCGAACAUGCAGUGGAAUCUGUUCACAGCCAUCAGCCAAAUGCCAGCAUUCGAGCUGCUUUUAUCCAUGUUGUUGGAGAUUUCUUACAAAGCCUGAGUGUGCUAAUUAGUGCCCUUAUAAUUUUUUUCAAGCCUGAAUUCAAAGUAGCUGAUCCUAUCUGCACGUUUAUUUUCUCUGUGUUUGUUUUGGGAACAACAGUCACCGUUCUGCGAGAUAUUUUGUUGGUGUUGAUGGAAGGUGCACCUGCUGGACUGAAGUAUAAUGCAGUGAGGGAAAAGAUUCUUGCAGUUAAUGGAGUGAAAACAGUGCACAGCCUUCAUGUCUGGUCUCUUACUUUGAGCCAGGUUGUUAUUUCAGUUCAUGUUGUUACAGACGACCAGGUGAAUUCUCAACAAAUACUUAAGGAAACUACACAGAUGAUUUUUGACGCCUUCACUGUUCAUUCUGUCACAAUUCAAGUGGAACAAUAUUCUGAUCAAGAACAAACGUGCCUAUUUUGCCAGGAACCCAAAGAUUAAAGUUGCUUAAGAAACAACACCGAUUUUCAUUGGCUGGAACUAUGUUUGGCAAGACCAGUGAAGGCAAAUCAAUUAGUCUCCACUGCACCCGUUGUCAUGUUAGAAACCUCAGUAAAAGUCAAGAAUACGUUUAAUAACAUGUUGCACAUUUAGUUUGCUUCUUCGCAGAGAAGUGUUACAAUUUAUCAGAGCUACUUAGCCACUCUGCAUUUGUUUAAUUUUAUGUCAGAAAAGAUGUCAACAAAAAAGAAUACUUGAAAGGCUGCUCUCUCAACUCAUUACAUCACAGUUUUCAAAUGGAUUCCUUUGCAUUUUUGUCUCUCAUCCAGUUGAAUAUGUAACCCGUAUAACUAACAAUGGAUAAAAUUAUUUAACUGUUUCUAAAUCAAGUUCUAAGGAAUGGCAUCAAGUUAUAAUGGCCUGUGUGCUUUUAAAAUUAACCAACAAUUCCUGAUUUUAUAAUUUCAUUCCUCUUUGGUGAUUUGUUUCCAGAGGCCAACACUUGAGAAAAAAGAAAUUGCUUUCUCUCCAUGCCCGCAACUUUGUUAAUAUGUAUUUGUCCACCUUGCUGGUCAGUUAAAAUGUGAAUAUGAACUUCUGGCCUUAUUCACCAUUUAUAUAUUCUUUUAUAGUGCUUUCCUUGUCAUCUACAUAUCUUGGACCUUAUGGUCUUCUGGUGGUUUGGGUUAUUUCAUGUAAAUUAUAACCAUUUUAUCUUUCUCUUGUGAAUAUAGUUGAAUGUUCUCCAGCUUCUGUGCAUAUGCAUUUUUUUAACAAAAAUUACCAAUGACUGAGACCGAGAGAAAGACACACACAAUACGAGAUAAGGACCUUGAAAAAUUUUGUCCUUCUCAGCAGUUUCAAGAGGGCUAGGAAUGAAGGCUAAUUUUACAGUAGGAUCAUACAAAAGCAUGUCUCAAUUUUCAUGACAGAUUAUCUACCAGAUAGACCUUUAGUUCUCAGAAGCAUAUAAAACAACUUUUAGUGAGGGAAUGAUGGGCUCCUAUCAGAUUUCCCGUAAUUUGUAUCACCAAUACAAUUAAUACAUUGAAUGCCAUUGUAAAGCUGACAUUCCUUUCACAGGAUCAAUGAAUCCUGUGUUAAGGCAGAAGCAGCAUUCACAAGAUGAUUAUG